UCCUCUCAGCACUUCCUGGUUUCUCAGGUGGAUGUUCGAGCGGCUGCCAAACGCUCUGUCAAACAAGUCUAAAGUUGUCCCGAUUCAGGGGAAGGAUGUGCCUAGCGGCGAGGAUACCAUAGCCUAACAAAACGUAUUUACCGUGUGAAUCCGGGUUGACAGAAUGAUUCGUACGACGUGUUUUUACGGCAACCUAGCGGGAGAAUCGUCAGUCGGGACGCCGCUGUGAAACGGCGCGUUAGCUGCCGCUGCUAGCAGACGGCGACCUGCUACUGUUAGCAUCUACUUGACGUUGACCAGCCCCGGUUCAAGUUUGAUUCCAGACCUGAACCAGGAGAACCCGAGUGAACUGGAGGGAACAACAUGGAGAACAAGGAUAAAGUGCAGAUGAGGAAUAACCCUCGCAGACAGUUGAAGAAGCUGAGUGAGGACAGUCUCACCAAGCAACCAGAGGAAGUCCUUGAUGUCCUAGAGAAGCUGGGUGAAGGGUCCUAUGGUUGUGUAUUUAAGGCUAAUCACAAAGAAACAGGGGAGAUUGUAGCCAUCAAACAAGUUCCUGUGGAGUCUGAUCUUCAGGAGAUCAUCAAAGAAAUCUCCAUCAUGCAGCAAUGUAACAGUCCUCAUGUAGUGCGGUACUACGGCAGCUACUUCAAAAACAGUGACCUGUGGAUUGUCAUGGAAUAUUGUGGUGGCGGAUCAGUAUCUGAUAUCAUCCGAAUACGUAACAAGACGCUUACAGAGGAUGAGAUUGCAACUGUCCUCCAAUCAACUUUGAAGGGUCUGGAGUAUCUUCACUUUAUGAGGAAGAUCCACAGAGACAUCAAGGCAGGCAACAUCCUGCUAAACGCAGAAGGUCAAGCCAAACUGGCUGACUUUGGAGUUGCUGGACAGCUUACAGACACCAUGGCAAAGCGAAACACAGUCAUCGGCACACCAUUCUGGAUGGCUCCAGAGGUCAUACAGGAGAUUGGGUACAACUGUGUGGCUGACAUCUGGUCAUUGGGAAUCACAGCUAUAGAGAUGGGUGAGGGCAAACCGCCCUAUGCUGACAUACACCCAAUGAGGGCGAUCUUCAUGAUUCCAACCAACCCUCCACCAACAUUUCGGAACACAGAUCAGUGGUCUCCAGAUUUUCUUGACUUUGUCAAAAAGUGUUUGGUGAAAAACCCUGAAAACAGGGCAACAGCCACACAGCUGUUACAGCAUCCAUUUAUCAAAUCAGCCAAGCCCAAUUCCAUCCUAAGAGCCUUGAUCCAAGACGCCAUGGAGAUCAAACUAAAGAUACAAGAGGAGGCAGAGCAGAGAGAACAGGAUGCUGAAGAUGAUAACAAUUCGGAUGAAGAUGAGGUUGACCAGGGGACGAUGGUUCGGGCCGUAACGGGUGAUUCUGGGACCAUUCGGGCUGCUGGCUCAUUAGCAAGUUCACUUAGCGGUACGAUGAUUGAACACGGAGACACAGGAACCAUGCAGUCACAGCUUGGCACCAUGGUCAUCAACUCUGAGGAUGAGGAUGAGGAAGAGGCUGGUACUAUGAAAAGGCGAGAUGAGACGAUGCAGCCGGCCAAGCCGUCCUUCCUGGAGUACUUUGAGCAGAAAGAGAAGGAGGUAAACAAUCACAAUGAUGGGGGACGCCGUGGAGAAAACAAUGCAGACAACCACAAGCUCCCAGCUGAAGGAGAUCUCAAAGUUGUCAGCACGUGGUCCGUGGAGGAGCUGCGGGUGAGACUCUCUUCCCUGGAUCCUCAGAUGGAGCAGGAGAUCGAAGAGAUCCAUCAGCGUUACCAGGCCAAGCGGCAGCCCAUCCUCGACGCCAUCGCGGCCAAAAAGCGACUUCAGCAGAACUUCUGAGAGGCACCCGCAGACCUCUUUACAGGACGAAUACAACAGGAUAGUUUCUCUUAUUUUUAACUGCUGUCUUAACAAAUGUCUCAUCCUAAUAGCUGGACAUGAUUUAAUGCAGCUGGAUGUGACAUCUGGGAACUGAUGGAAGAGGCGGAUCUUUGGAUGUGGAACUUGAUGUCAAGCAAGUUUCCAAAGAGUUACCCUGUUAGACAGAGGGUUUGUUUGAUUUGAGAGAAUCUGCCCUCUUUUAGAGCUUAUUCAGUUUAAGAGAAGAGAGCUGAUUUAAAAAACAUUUUUAAAAAAUCUAUAUUUGCAGCUGAUCUGUAUCUGCCAGGUUUAUUUCGAGCUUGCACGUUUUUGUCUGAAGUGACAAUAACUUUUCUCAGACCAUCAGUUUCCUUAAAAGUUUCUUUUUAUAUGUUUUCUCAGUGGGUACUUGUAUUGAGGGUUUUCUCUCUGUGCUGGAGAAAAUAGUUGCUGCUAAAUGUUUUAGUGUUCCUACUCCAGACUGUGAAAACCAAGAAAUAGAUCAAAUAACUUUCUUUUUGCAAAAAAAAAAAAACUUCAAUAAGCAGAACAGAGAAGUUUUAAGUUAUCAGCACAUGACGGCCUCCCUUGGGACACAAGUUGAUUCGUUUACAUGUCAAAGUUUAAUUUGGAUCCAAACCAGAUUGAGGCCUUCACAAACAGCCAUUACAAAUUUAAUGCUGAGUGGAAAGGAGAUUUAAAGGCCUUAAAGGAGUUUCUUUUUAUCCCCUUAACAUGUGUGUAUUUACCCAGAUAGUUAAUGAAACCUUUAGUUUCUUUAAUUCGGUACAUGUUUGUAAUUUUUACCCUCAGCUCUGAAUGUAAAGGUCGGUGGUUAUAUUCUACCUAGGAAACGCUAAAACCCUCAUUUUGUGCCUCGUAACACGACUGGUUUUGUUUCCACUGAUUUGUUGCUUUAAAGAGACAAACUGCAAAAAGUUUUACAGAAGGAGGCAGUAAGAUUUCAAGUUUUUGUUGCUGUUUUUUCACAUUAUGCUUAAUGCCUGGAUAAUGAUGGUGAUGAUGUUGCCUUCUCCUCCCUAAAAAUAAUUUUUUUAAGUGCAGCUGGUGCGGGCUCAUUGUUUAUGUUGUAGGGUGUUGCUACUGAUGCAUUUAACUUAACGGAUCCAAACUAAACAUCUAUGUUUUGACUUAAAGCCGCACAAUUUUAGGAAAAUGUGCGACUGCAAUGAUAAUGUCGGUUAGUAUUAGCCCACCAUUUACCUCUGUUUCUUUUCCAUAACAGCAUCGUCUGCAUCCCUCUGUGAAUCUCAGCACUUCGGUCAAAUUUAUGUUGCAACUUUAUGUCUGAACUGUUUAUUUGUCCAGUGUUGCCUUAUUAGACAUUUCUUCCUUGUGAAUCUAAAGAGUGACCUGAGGAUCAGUAGAAGCACAUAAACUACUUUAACACACAAAUCUAUAUUUAGAAUUAUAGCAGUAUUUGAAGCUGGGUUUAGAGCACACUGCAAACAACAGAGAUGGGGCAUUUUUAAUGUUUACAUGAGCCACUCGAGCCAUUUAAAGAUCGAGAAUUCUUAUAUAUCUUUCACCCUAAAGUAAUUAAACUUACAUUUAUAUAAUCCUUUUGUCAAGGCCUUGGAAGAGUUAUUUACACUUGUGUGAUUGCAGUGUUAGAAAGUAUUUACAUGUCUUUAUGCUUCACAUUUAAAUGUUAAUAAGGAGAAGAGAGAGCAGAGUGGUGAUGGUUAUUUUCAUCUCUUUGGGUCUUCAUUAGCGGCUCCUGGGAAAAUAAACUUCAUUUAGUGACUAGUCAAAAGGUUUUGGCUGUACUGAUAUGUACAGAUAUGGAUUUAAAUGUUUUUUGAGUAUAAUUUGAGAUUUAUGAUGUGGGUGUUUUUAAGGGAGUUUAAUAAUGUAAAAAUAGUUUGGUCUUGUUUUAACCCCCAGUGCCCUUGUCAUUGUUUAAUUCUUCAUCUUUUUCUCUGUAAUGAAGUCCACACCUUAAAACGGUAACUAGAUUGACAAAUGUAUCAAACAGAUUUAACAAGGCUCCUUUUUUCUACUUUAAAACAACUUUAAACGGCUGCCAAACGGCCUCAUUCCAGAUCGGAUCCAGUUUUACUGGUAACAUUCCUAAGAUUCGCCAGCAUUUCAGACAUAUCUGCUUUUCAUCAGCACAAAAAGAAAAAAAAAGUUGGAACGCGUAUAUUUUUGUUAUGUAGCUUUAGUGUUAACGCAGUCAGAAAGGAAGGAACCCUUUAGCAACUGUGUCAGAGUAAAACGAGCUUCUCAGGUCCUGAAACUCCUCAGGGGUGUAAAAUAAUGGCAAUGAGAAACUGCUGUAGAUAUUCAGAAAUGCUCCACACAGAGUGAACCUCUGUAAGUACUGUAUGAGAAGCAUUGGCUGUGUUUGCUUGUUGUAAUUCAGUUAGACUUCAGAGGAGCUUGGAUGUUUGAUGGAGGGAAUCCCUUCAGCUGAAUGCUGUAAUUAACUGAGCCUGUUCUGUGGAUGCCAUGAUUUUCUGUAAUAAGACUCACUUUCUGUUUUCUUUUGUGUUACAAGCUAAAGGGAUUCUUAUUAUAACCUGUGGUUUUCCCGUUUUGUUUUUGUGAUCAGUCGUCACCUUUUUGUUUUGAUAGCACAGAAAAACGGACAAAUCCUGAAAAUAAUGUAACCGUAGCAUCAUUGAAUUAGAUGAAUAAUCUGUUGAGUUCUGCUGAAAUGCUCAUGAAAUUAAGUCAAAAUCACUGGAGAACAGAGGCAGAAGGCUAACAAUGCUGAUCUAUGUAAAACUUACAUUUUCUUUCCUGUUUGAAGAGCAACACUGUCUUAAGUUGUAACAGCAAGAGGUCUGAUUUGCCUCAGUAGGAAUCUGCAGGUACACAGCCUCAAAAACCUUCUGCAAAAGCUUCCUGUGGCUGUAAACAUUUGGUCUGUGGGAAGAGAAAAUACAUUUUAUUAAGUAAUGUAGAUUAUGGGUAGUUUAAUAUCUGUUAUUUAAAUUAUUUACAUACUUUUGUUGUGUAAUUGGAAUGAAUAACUCUGACUUGCAAAGUGUAAAUCCUACUGAAAUAGGUUCUCAAGUGUUACCACUGUUCUUCUGGAAAUGUAUGUUUUUUUUUUCAGUUUUGUAUUACUUUUUAUAAAGAUGCAGUGUUUUUAUAUUAAUUUUAAACUUCUUAAACGAGCACUGGAAAAAAGACUAAAUUGUAGAUAGAUGUGGGAUUUAUUAGAAAGUAUGAUACCUCUGAUAGUGUAUUGCAGCAGUGGUUCAGUCAGCUCUUAUCUGAUAGAUAUUAAGUGAAUAAAUCGGAGUUUAAAAGUUAUUGCCUUUUGCUUUUCGGUCUCGAAGUACAAAACAGUUUGUCGGCAUGCGAGUUUACCUUUCACUCUCCGAGGUGUAUCUGCCUUAAAGUACAGCAUGCAUUACAAGUCAAGCGUAUGUUGCUAUCAGUGAUAUUUGGUCUUUGUAUUUUAUUUGUUUGCUUCUUUAAUAAAGACAAUAAACUUAAA